AUGACUGGCGAAAUUUUCGAAUGGCAACCAAUACCCGAGGAAUUGCAGCAGGUGACGAAUCGCUCGCUAGCCGGACUGAUCCUAAAGAAUUCGAUCCGAAUUCUGUGGACUCGUCUACCGGAGCAGAUUCGUGAGUACGUCAGACGAAAGACACUGCUAUCGAUAUCCGAUGAGCAUGCGUUGAUUCGUGCGACGGGUGCAAUGGGAGCGAUACAGAAAAUUUGUGAGGAUUCAGCUGAUAUGUUGACGCCACAAGAACAUUUAGAUGUGCUGAUACCGAAAUUGUUGUGCUUCUUUAGUUCGCCGACAGCGAAAUUG